GAAUCUAUAAAAGCCACUGGCCAGCAAAUGGCCAAAUUAGUUUGCCGAAAAUUUUCGGACGCUUCUUUUAUCGUGAACGUCUCGAGUGAUUUUGGGCAAAAUGUUGCCCCGGAACAAAAGAAUUGGCCUCCUCUUGAUAGGAUUGGUGUUUUGCAUAGUCACCAGUGAAAUUGUACCCGCCAGUGGACUACAGUGUUAUCAUUGUGCCGGCGAUGACUGUGAUGAUCCAGAGGUAACAGACUGUACAAUUGAGAAUGAUCAAUGUUACAUACGGAUCGACGAAACCUUCAGCUUCGUUGGCAUGGGCUGUGCUUCAACGCUGGGCGAUGACACGGCGAUUGCGAAUUUAAUCAAGAGCAAGGAAUUAUACGUUUGCUCCUCGGCUAAUUGCAAUGGUUACGAAAAUGUGCCCUCUACAAAUGAAUGUACCGUAUGUGACUCAACGGAGGAUGUGAGAUGUGCCGUACAACCAUCAACUGCUGGCAGGUCAAAACGUUGCGGUAAUGUCCCAUACACACAGUGUUAUGAACGAGUCGACGUAGCCAAUAAUGGUACUACGGAACGUGGUUGUCUUGUCGAUUUAGAAAGUGAUGAUUUUUACAACUGUCUCACGGGAGAGGAUAAAAACUGUAACGUGUGCGUGGGAAGCGCCUGCAAUACUGGGGUCAUACCCGCCGACCGUAAGCAAUGCCAGCGUUGUGAUUCGGAAAGUGAUAACACUUGCGCCAGCGCACCAACGGCGCUCUCCAUUUGCCCGCAGUACUCCGCCAACGAUACAUGCGUCUCGGUCUACGAGUCGGGCGUGACACGUCGCGGCUGCUCUAGUGAAUUCACUUGUGAUGCAACCUCAAAGAGUUGUGAAAUUUGCACCGAGAACGGCUGCAAUACAGCGAAUGUGCAAAAACGUGCCGAGGAACUGUAUGGCAUAUUCCAAGACCUGCCUCUGAAUUGUUACACCUGCACGGGUGACGAGUGUGUGACGAGUAAGGGAAGAAUACGCAAAUGCAAUGGUGAGAUCUAUCAGGAUUGUUUGACGGUGUUUGAUAGCGAAGGAGUGGUGACAGCACGCGGCUGUGAGAGCGUCAUCGAUGCCGAGUAUCAAACACAUUGUGCUGCCAACCCCGAAUUAUGUUUUAACUGCAAAUCGAACGGUUGUAAUAACUUCACCGCUGUUCCGGCAACACAGGAAUGCAUCUACUGUGAUGCGGCCAGCAAUGUCGACUGUCUGACAAAUCCGCUAGCGGUGACGAGCACACGUAAAUGCGUUGAGGGUUGUGUAAGCGCAUUGUAUGAAAGCAAAACGAAUGCAAAUGUGCAAGAUCUGGCACGCUUAUGUUUCGAGGAUGUGGAAUUUGAUGAUCGUGAAACAUGCACUGAGGAAAACAAUUGUGUUAAGUGUACGGGCGAGAAGUGUAAUACGGUUGUGCUGCCCACUGAGGGACGUUUGUCUUGCUUACAUUGUAGUGGGGAUGAUUGCGAUGAUCCGCAGUCACAAGUGUGUACCGGUUAUUCGAAAAGUGAUCAAUGCUAUAUCUUUUUCGAUCAUGAGACGCACAGCGCCGUGCGUAUGGGCUGCAAGAGCAGUGAGCCAGUUGGCGCCAUCUAUAACGACAUCUUACACUAUUUCUUAUGCGAUGGCGACGAUUGCAACAACUACAGUAACUUGCCGGAUGCGCAUUUUUGUUACGUUUGCGAUUCGGCGAACGAUGUGAAUUGUGCCAUUGACACGACGAAAAUCACAGCACAAGUGAGAUGUCAAAUUAAUCCACACACAGACUGCUUCACGCGCAUUAAUGAAGCUGGCCACACGGUACGCGGCUGUAUCAGCACAUUAAACAACACUGAGUUCCUCAGCUGUCACGAAGGUACACCCGGUGAAUUCUGUCGCAUCUGUACGGAGAGCAACUGCAAUGCAAACAUCUACCCAAGUAGCCGUCAACGUUGCUACCGUUGCAACUCUGCCGACGAUCCAAGCUGUGAGAAGGAACCGAGCACCAGUACCGUAUGUCCGCUAUUCGAUGAAGACGAUUAUUGUGUGACCAAAUUGAUUGAUGGCGUUGUGCAUCGCGGUUGUGCCACCGAAUUGCAAUGUGAGGGUGGUGUGACCUCAAAGACCUGUCGCACGUGUGAGGAUAACUCGUGCAACGACUAUGUUUUCGAGGAAUAUCCGAUAGGCAAUCCAGGCUAUUUCCAGGUGUUGCCACUCAAUUGCUAUCGCUGCAAUGGCACCGAGGAAUGUGGCGGAAGCAGUUUGGGUAAUAUACGAAAAUGCGAAGGUAACAUACUGCAGACCUGCACGACGGUGUUUAAUCAAACGUCUGGCGGUGUGAUUGGCCGCGGCUGCAGUGAUACAUGGUUGGCAGAGUGCGAUGCUGAUGAGAGUAAAUGUUACGAUUGCAAGUCGAAUGGUUGUAAUGUGGCGAAAAAUGAAGAGGAUUAUAUUGAUUGCAUCUUUUGUGAUGCGCAAACCGACGAGCGUUGCUUGACCGACGUGGACAGAAUAACGUCGACCCGUAAGUGUUACAAGAGCUGUGUAACGGCUUUGUAUAAUCGUACCGAUGAUGCGACGCCGGUGCGUGAACUUUUACGCUCUUGCCUCGAUGAUAUGGAUUUGGACGAUCGCGAAAUUUGCACUUCAGGCGGGGAUUCGAGUUGCGUCGCUUGUGAUACGGAGAAUUGUAAUACUGCCGAGGUUGGUGAGCGCAUCUCAUGUUACCAAUGUGUCGGCGAUGAGUGCCAAGAGCCAGUGGCGAAGACUUGUCGCGCGGUCACCGAGGGUGAUCAGUGUUUUGUGGAAUACGAUGAGACCGGUUCGAUUGUCGAGUUGGGCUGUAAGAGCAAAUAUGAUCCCGCUGAAGUUAAACUGCGCAUAAUUGCGAAACAAUUGUGGCUUUGCGAUGGUGAGAAUUGUAACAGCAUCGAUGGCCUGCCCGCUGAGCGUCAAGUGUGCACGAUUUGCAGUUCGUUAACCGAUCAGAAUUGUGCGAUUGCGCCGAGCAAAGUAACGGCACAAACGACAUGCGCUAAGCGUCCAUACAACCAGUGUUACUCACGCCUCUUGAGUGAUGGUCACACCGAACGUGGUUGUUUGUCAAGUAUUGAGGGUGAGGAGUUCUACGACUGUUUGACAGGUGCUGAUACGUCGAAAUGUUUAGCUUGCGCUAGCGACAGUUGCAAUGCGGAGAUCUACCCUGCCAAUCGUCUUUCUUGCCAUCAAUGUAAUUCCUCCAUCUCAACCAGCUGUGAGACCACACCAGCAGCCGCUAGUCUAUGCUUGAAGUACAGUGAAUCUGAAACAUGCGUCAGCACCGUCGAUAGUCAAAGCAACACAAUACGUGGUUGCAGUUCGCAAGUACAAUGCGAUUCAGAUCUUUGUCAGACCUGUGCCGAAGAUGAUUGCAAUACGAGCAAUAUCAAACGAAAACUUGAUGGUAAACCCGGUCAGUGGCAAGACGUACCGUUAACUUGUAAAGUGUGUGAUAGUGAGAGUGACUGUGCUGGCACGCCAAGGGAUUUGGUUUGCCCAGAGCAAAGCGAUUACUGUAUGACGGUAUUCGAUACCGAUGGCAGUGUCGUGAAACGUGGUUGUAGUGCUGCUGUGGAAGUCGAACUUGGCACAUACUGUGAUGCCAAUGCCGAUAACUGUCAUAACUGUAAUUCCAACGGUUGUAAUACGGUUAGCGCCUUAACGGAUUACGUCAACUGUGUCUAUUGUGAUUCCGCUACAAAUGCCGAUUGUGUUUCGGCGCCAGAAAGUGUUGGUCAAUCGCGUCAAUGUAAUAAAUAUUGUAUGACAGCUCUGAGACCAAGAAUAACGAAUCCUAACAUCUUUGAUGUGUCAAGAAGCUGUUUGGAUGAUAAGGAGGUUGCGGAUCAGGCAACAUGCCGUGCGGGUAGUGAUGAUUGUGUCGCUUGUGAGGGUGCGCUCUGUAAUACAGCCAAGGUACCGGCGAAGCGUCGCUCGUGCUACUCGUGUGUGGGCGAAGAAUGCGUGACGCCCGAAGUCGCUGAAUGUGUGGCGUACAAAGAAGAUGAUCAAUGUUUUGUACUCUUCGACAGUUUGAGUGAUGUGCAGCGCAUGGGUUGUUUAACCGAGUUGGAGGACUCCUUCGUGGAGAGUAAUAUACACUUGUUGUUGCUGUGUGCUGAGAAUGAUAACUGCAAUGGUUUUGAGAACUUCCCCCAACCGACCACAUGUUACCAAUGCGAUUCAGAUGAAGAUGAGACAUGCGCCGCCAGUUCGUCUGAGAUACAGACACUAACGAAAUGUAGCGCUUUGCCACAUGUAGAAUGCUAUAGCCGUGUACUCUCAGAUGGCACCACACGACGCGGCUGUGCAAGUGCUCUUAACGGAACUGUCCUGCUUGAUUGUCUGAGCGGCAAUUCCAGCACUUGCCAGACUUGUACGGCUGAUCUUUGCAAUGGCGAGGUCUUCCCCGCCGGACGUAGGAGCUGCCAGCGUUGCAACUCCAAAGUUGAUCCCUCGUGUGAGAGCUCACCCGACGCUGCUUCAAUAUGUCCACUAUACAACGAAGAUCAAUUCUGUGCCACUAAACUGGUCAACGGUUACACCUACCGCGGCUGCAGCACCGAGUUCCAAUGUGACGUCUCAAACAAGCAAUAUUGUCGUCAUUGCUCUGGUUCCGACAACUGUAACACUAUCGAUUUGAAUGGCAACGAUAUAGGACUGCCAGGAAAAUGGCAAGAUCUCCCAUUAAGUUGUUAUGACUGCACGGACGACGAUUGCGCGAACUCCACUGCCGGCUCACUACACCAGUGUGAAUAUAAUAAUGAACAAAAUUGCGAGACCGUUUUCGACGCGGCUGGCACAGUUGUGCGACGCGGUUGCAGCGACGAUGUAUUGACAACACACGGCGACUACUGUGAGGAGAAUCCGCAAAAAUGUCUCGGCUGCAAAUCGAACGGUUGUAAUAAUGCAACCAGCUUGACACAAUUCAUCGAUUGUUACUGGUGUGACUCAGUCGAUAAUAGCACAUGUGCUAUAGGCUUUGAUGCUGCGAGCGCGAAAAAACGCAAGUGUCAAGGCCACUGUGCCGUAGCCCUAUAUCCACGUAGCUCAGCUGAAAAUCCCUCUUACGAGCUGACACGCACAUGUUUGGAUGAUCUGGAGGUUGAAGAUCGCGAAAAAUGUUUGGCGGGCGAGAAUGAAUUGUGUGUGGCUUGUGAGGACGCUCUGUGCAACACCGCGCCACUGCCAGCAAACAGACAGAAAUGCUACAAAUGUGUGAACGGAGAUUGUGCUGAAAAUGUGGUGGCCGAAUGUAGCGUCUACCAGCCCAACGAUCAGUGCUACAUGACAUUUGAUGAUGAGAAUUCUAUAUUGGAUAUGGGUUGUCGCAGUGAUAUCGAGUCGGAUGUACUAGCGUUGUUAAUUAGACAGAAAAUGCUAUUACUUUGCGAUGGCGAAGCUUGCAAUGGACCGGAGUCUAUACCGACAGCAAAAACUUGCUCGGCUUGCGAUUCGGAAACUGAUGCACGUUGCGCAACUAAUCCCAAUCUGGUGAACGAAACCGAACGUUGCUCGAAUCUGCCAUAUACCCAUUGCUACACGCGCGUCAAGGAGAAUGGACACACAGCACGCGGCUGCAUCUCCAACUUGGCCGAAGAAGCUUUCUACACUUGCGUCACCGGCAACGACACACUCUGUCUGCCCUGUCUCGGCGAUAAAUGUAAUGCCCUCGAUGUCUUCCCCACGGACCGUCAACUAUGCCACCAAUGCAACUCCGAAACGGAACCACUUUGCAGCACCGCACCGAACAGCAACAAGGUUUGCCCCAUCUACAGCGCACAGGACAGUUGUGUGACCAACUUGCGCAAUGGUGUCACCACACGUGGCUGUGCCUCGAGCAUGAGUUGCGAUAAUGAAAACGAUCGCAGUACAUGUCGUACUUGCAGCGGUAGUGGUUGUAAUACUGUGAACUUGGAAAGUGCGCUCGACCAGGGCAAACCCGGCAGAUGGCAGGAUGUACCCAUUACAUGUCGCACAUGUGUAGGCGAGGAGGCGUGCGAAAGUUUAGGCAUUUACCGCGUGUGCACCGGCAAUACGUAUCAGAGCUGUAUGACCGUCUUCAAUACGGCAGGCAAUGUGAUACAGCGCGGUUGCUCAGACACCGUCGAGGAGGCAAAUAGUCAACACUGCAGUGACUAUCCAGCGAAUUGCUUGAGUUGUAACUCCAACGGCUGUAAUAACUCAACACGUUUGGCAGAUUACAUCGACUGCUUGUACUGUGAUACCGACACCAAUGCUGAUUGCUUGAAUAACCCUGCAGCGAUUACAAAGACUCGUAAGUGUAACACCUACUGUAUGAGCGCACUCUACGCGAAAUAUGAGGAGACCAAUCCCGCUUAUGGUUUGGCACGCACCUGUUUCGACGAUAUGGAUUUGGAUGAACGUGAAGCUUGUGCCUCCGGCAGUAACCCCAACUGUCAGGUCUGCGCUGAGGAAAACUGCAAUACGCACACUGUGCCGGCGAAACGGCUCAGCUGUAACGUAUGCCAAGACGAUGAGUGUCAAGAUCCACAGCCGGCAACGUGCAUUAAUUACCGCGAGGAUGACAAGUGCUACAUACAAUUCGAUGAGGGUCGCAACAUUAUCGGCAUGGGUUGUCGCAGUGAGUUCAGCAAUGCGGAUGCUGACUACCUGUUGCAAAAGAAACGCCUCUUCUACUGUGACGGCGACAAUUGCAACACCUUCGAUGCACUACCCGUGGCGCAGUACUGCCGCAUCUGUAGCUCACGCACCGAUGUACAAUGUGCCACCAACCCUGACUUCGUCUCAGCCUCAACCACAUGCUCGUACUUGCCAUACACGGAGUGCUAUACACGUAUUUUGGAGAGUGGCGUUACCGAACGUGGCUGUCUUUCGAGUUUGUAUGACGAUGAUUUUACAAGCUGCCUAAAUGGCACCGCAGCACAUUGCACGGCAUGCACGGGCAACUAUUGUAACAACCAAGUGUACCCCACCGAACGGCUGUCCUGUCAUGUUUGCGAUUCCACCACAGAUCAGACUUGCACGAAUAGUCCGAACAGUGUGAGCAUUUGCCCAAUCUAUGCCGAAGGCGACACCUGUGUCACCGCCUAUGAAAAUGAUGUGACCUAUCGCGGCUGCAGUUCGAGCAUCGGUUGUGAUCCUACAGAUACCAGAAAAUGUGUACAAUGUGUAGGCGAAGCUUGCAACACUGUGAAUUUGGCGCGUAGGCAAGACGAUAAUUUUGGCAAAUGGCAAGAUCUACCGCUGACUUGUCUCACCUGCGUUAACGAAACGACCUGUGCAAAUCUAAGCUCUGCAGAGUCACACACUUGCGAAAACAACAAUGAACAGGACUGUGUUACGGUCUUCCAGGAUGGUAAGGUGGUACAACGUGGCUGCAGUGACGAGGUGGAGCAGACAUAUGGCGAUUAUUGUGACAUCAACAGCGAUGACUGCCUCAACUGCAAGUCAAACAACUGUAAUAACGGCACUCUACAAACGCAAUACCAGGAUUGUAUUUACUGCGACACACACAAGAACUUAUCGUGUUUGUGGAGCCCUCAAAGUGAUACGCAUAGUACGCGUAAAUGCCAAGGUGCCUGCAUGACCGCCUUAUAUCCUUCGGAUAGUGGUACAGAGCCUACUUUUGAACUCAUACGCACCUGCUUGGAUGAUAAGGAGGCAGCAGAUCGCACGAGAUGUACAAACGGUAGAGACGCGCAGUGUCAGAGUUGCGUGGGCGCGAAUUGUAACACGGCUGUCUUGCCGGCCGCACGCCUUAGCUGUUAUCAGUGCGAGGGUGAUGAUUGUGAUGAGCCCGAGUUGAAGUAUUGUCCACUGUACAAGAGCGGCGACCAAUGUUUCACCUGGUACGAUGAGUCGAAUAGCAUCAGUCAAAUGGGUUGUAUAAGUUCGUUCCACAAUCAAGAACUAGAGACGAUUAUCGGCACAAAACGUGUACUAGUGUGUGAAGGUGAUGCUUGCAAUUCGCUGGAAGUACCGCCUACGCCACAGAAGUGCGCGGUCUGCGAUUCCAAUACGGACUACGCGUGCGCUGUGAACGCAAUGCAGAUCGGCACGUUCGACACUUGUGGCAUCUACCCCUACACCAACUGCUACACGAAACUGGUCAGUGCGGAUGGGUCUACGAAACGUGGUUGCUUAACGGAGCUGGACACAUCGGAGUUUGUCGCCUGUGUUUUGGGCAAUGACGGCAAUUGCAGUGUGUGUCUUGGCGAGGGUUGUAAUCGCGAGAUCUUCCCCGAGGACCGUAAGCAAUGCUACAAGUGCUCAAGUGAAGAUGACUCCACUUGUGAAUCGAAUCCCACACGCCUAGAACCAUGCCCUUACGUUACAGAUACAGAACUUUGUAAGACCGCGCUAAGCAACACCACCACGUUACGUGGCUGCAGCUCAGAGAUCUUGUGUGAUGUGAAUGACAGGAAUUGUGUUUCAUGCGUUGGCAGCGCUUGUAACAACAUCGAUCUGAUACAUCGUGCCGAAGACGAUGGUAUGCACGGCUUAUGGCAAAAUUUACCGCUGAGAUGUCACACAUGCGAGGGCGACCAUUGUUUGCAUUCCCUGGGACCAGCUCAAAAUUGUAGCGGUAACGUUAAUCAAGAUUGUGCGACGGUAUUCAAUGCCAGUGGUGAGGUAAUACGGCGCGGUUGUUUCGAUGAAGUCGAACUGUACGAGCAACGUCAUUGUCGUGAAAAUCCCGAACUGUGCUUCAAGUGUAAGUCAAAUGAGUGUAAUGACGCCUGGGAUAUCGACGAUUACAUUGAGUGUAAUUUCUGUGACUCUGAAACGAAUCCAUUAUGUGCAACCGAUCCGCUCAAUACGAACUUCACGAAACGCGCUUGCCACAAGGAAUGUAUGGUAGCGCUGAAGGAUUCAAGGGUUAUACGUUCCUGUUUGGAUGACAAGGAGUUGUAUCACCGUUAUCAAUGUCGCGACGGUAGCGGCGAAUGCGCCAGCUGCAACACAACAAAUUGUAACAAUUUUGUCUAUCCAGAGGAUCGCUUUAGCUGUCAUGUGUGCAGUGACUCUUCGUGCGCUACCAGCGUGAGUGAAGUCUGCUCUAAAUCUGUGGCAUUUGAUUUCUGUUUCGCUAAGUAUGAUAAUGGACAACCACAACUUUUGGGUUGCGCAAGCUCACAGAACGAUAGCGAUUUGGCGGCGUGGGAGGCAGAGAAUAUACUGUACACUUGUUUGGAGAAGGACUGCAAUGCGCUGGCUAAAUUACCUACAGAAGGUGUAGAAUGUGUGGUGUGCGACUCUUCACUGACGCCCGCAUGUGCGCAGAAUCCUGCACAGGUUACAGCAAAGCAAACGUGUGCAGCACUACAGACCCAGUGUGUGACCCAUUUGAGCACAGCUGGACAUACCCUGCGCGGUUGUCUGAGCAGCUUGUCACAAGCCGAACAGAGUUCUUGCCAAGCUGCAGGCAGUUGCGCCAUCUGCAUGGGCAACAGUUGUAACAAUGAGAUCUUCCCCAUCAACCGUCGCAGAUGUCACAUUUGUACUUCGGCUGUGAACUCGGAGUGCGCUAGAGAACCCAACUUCCUGCAAGUGUGUCCCUUGUAUGCGGCCGACGAUCGCUGUGUAACGACGCGUACCGAAUAUACCGAACGUGGAUGUGAAUCGUCACAGCUCACUUGCGAUACCAGCGACGAGCAUACAUGUCAAAUAUGUACCGGAGAUGGCUGUAAUACAGCCGAGUUGAGCGGUAGUGCCGCUCUCGUGCCGAGUCUGCUGGCGUCAUUAGUGCUUGCCAUUGUCGCAAUGUUAGUAAUUACUUAGAUAUUACAUUAAGUGAAAGAUAACCAAAAUUCAGAGAACAUAUACAUAUGUAUAUAUAUGAACAUAUGUACGAGUAUACAUGUUAUAUGAAUUAACAAAGGAUAUUAACAAUUGACUUUUUAGCAAUAAUAUUAUAUACCAAAUAAGGAAAAAAGUUAAGAUAAUGAUAUUUGAAAUUUUUUUGUGAAAAUUCAAUUUAUCAAAAUAUUUCAUUGUUAAGAAAAAAAACUGUAUUUAUGUACAUAUAUACCUUUAUAGGCAAAAUACUUCCAUUGUUAAAUAACGUGUCUAUAUACUUGGUAUAGAUUUACGUACUCAUUGACUAAAUGUUACAAAUUAUUUAAAUUAAAAUAUGAAAAAAAAAACCUUUAUAACUGUAUAAUAAAUGAUAAAUAAAUAAAUAUAU